CACAAAUUUACAAAUAUUCACAAAUUUCGGAACAAAACACUCUGUAGUUGAAAAUUCUUUGUGAACAAUGGACUAUCAGGAGUAUUUGCAGAAGCAGUUGGUCAUUUUCAAUUAUCAUUUGCACAAUGACUUCGGUUUGAUGCUCAAGGCGGCCACGUGUAUUGCCUUUGGGGUCGUGUGCGGCUGGAUCAUCAGCUUGCUUACGUUUUUAAUCUACAAAUUGGCCCUGGUACUCGGAGUUCAGCCCAUUUUGUAUAGCGAAGAAAUUGACGAUGAUCUCGAUAUGGAUGACGAGGAUGAGCUCGACCUGAUUCAUCCAGGAUAUCGGGACUGGAACGAGUGGUUUUUCUCGAUGAGAUCGGCACAACGUAAUAUUUGAGAAGUGGAUUGCUAAAUUGUAGUGCCAAGUGAAGUCAAACAAAAUCUUUUUUAAAGUUGCUACAGUCUCGCACGUAAAAUAUUUAAUAAAUCUUCAUUAAUUAUUUACGGUUCUCAAUUCUCGAGAACUUCUCUCCCAAA